AUGAAAACAAGAGCAUUAUCAUUUGUACUAAUUCUACUACUACUGCAAUGCAGUAUACAUGCUGUGGCAUCCUACAAGACAAUCAUUGAUGUGCUAUCCGAAGAUGCACGUUUCUCUACCCUUAUUGAACACUUGCAACACACACGCUUGAUUCCCAUGAUAAACAACUUGGAGGCAGGCACUUUCUUUGCGCCUGACAAUGCUGCAUUCAAAAAGUAUCAGGGCCAAAAGAUCACUAAAGAGACUAUGCUGUACCACUUGCUGCCUCAGCAAUAUGUCACUGAGGAUUUGGAGAAUGGACAAGUCCUGGAGUCGAGCUACAUUCGACCUGGAUUUUUAGGCAAAGAGGAUAUAGGCCAAAAGCUGAAAAUUACCGAGAAAUUCGACACAUUCUUUCAUGUCAAUGGCGCCAGAAUUAAGGAUAAGGAUAUCUUUGUCAACAGAAAUACAACAUUAAACGUCAUUGAUCAAGUGCUGGAGCCUCCUCAAAUUCUAUCUCAAGUGGUGCAGUAUCAGGAUGGCAAAUUGUACGAUUUGAUGGAAAAGACAGGCAUUGACAAAUUGCUGCAAGAGGAGAGACCUUUUACUACCUUUGUUUCAGCCACAUACUUGCUGGAUCGUUUCAAUCACGUGGAAAAGAACUACUUGAUAUCAAAAUAUGGACAAAAGGAUCUAAAGGAAUUGAUCAAGUACCUUGUCAUUUCAGAACCAAUCUACUUGAAUAAUCACCCUGAAGGCGAAACAAAGUACACUUCAGAGUCAGGUCAGGAUAUCACGGUCAAGGUAGAAAAGAAUGGUAAAAUAUACGUGAAUGGACACAAGGUUGUGGAAAAGGAUGUUUUGGCUGCUAAUGGUGUAUUGCAUAUUGUGGAUGAUUUGCCCUUUGCAAAUUCACUUGUAUUUGACACUCGAAAGUAUCUCUUUGGUUUGAAUGCCACAAAAUUUGUGUCUUUGGUCGAUGAAUACGGAUUAGGCAGAUUUCUGGAUGAGGGAACCAAUAAUGUCACCAUCUUGGCACCUACAAAUGAAGUUUUGGACGAAGACGAUAUUCCCAACAACAAAAAAGUGCAGUGGUUGAGCUAUCAUAUUGCUCAAGGUGCUUAUGGCCCUGAAGAUUUGGAGAAUCGCAUGCUGCUGAAAACUGAAUACAACUCAUCCCAGCUAAACCACCAGUCUCAGCGCUUGCUGGUGACAGUAGGAAACGACAAGCGAGAUAUGAAUGAUAGACAUUCACUGCUAAAAGCGAUUCGAUUUGGUGAUCAUUCCAAGGUGGUUGGCGACGACAUGUCCAUCGGUGGAAAUGCCAUCUAUCGUAUUUCAGAUCCAUUGAAUCUCCCUAUGGAUAUAUUUAGCAGCCUUGUUGUUGAUCUGGAAGUGUCUACUUAUGUUGCCACAUUAUAUGUGUCUGGUGUGGUAGACGAGUUAAAGCAUGCUAAAGCAGUUACGUUAUUUGUGCCAACGAAUGCAGCAUUCAAGAAUUUAGGCUUGGUGUCUCGGUACCUGGUUCAUCCUUCUGGUAGAGCUGAUCUGCAGACAGUAUUACGUUAUCAUGUCGCAACCAGCGCCCUCUACUACAAAGACCUACUCGGCGAUGUUCUCGAGGUCACUACGCUUUCAAAUGAGUCACUCAUCAUUAACGGCAGAAAUGACGACAAUAAAGUCUGGAUUAGUACCAAAGAAAAUACUGAAAAGGACAACAAACUAGACGAGCAUGGUGUACUAGAGACAACAGAUAUUCUCGUCUCCAACGGUGUUGUGCACAAGGUAGACCAUCUCCAAAUCCCUGAAAACGUCAGCAUUACGCAUCGCAACUUGCUCAAAGGCAUUAACGCCAACACCAUGCUAAACAUCUUGAAGAAAACCAACCUCCUGAACCAGGUCGACCUGACAGAUUGCAUUAUCAUGUCACCCACCGAUAAAGCAUUCGAGAACGAAGAUAUGGAGUCACUUUGGAAUGACACUGACAAACUGGUGCGCCUUGCCAAGUUACAUGUUGUGCCCAAGUCAGAGGGUCGCAAGCGCUGGUUCUUGUAUCCUUUGUUGGGAGAUCAAGUCUAUGACACACUAUUAUCCAACCGUGACAAGGUGGUUAUUCGUGAAUUGGGGUAUGGUAGCACCAUUGUUAGAGUUAAGGGGCAACCCUAUGGCACACAUGCACGGGUCUUGGAUAUGGGGCGAGUCAGCACAGGGGAACGUAGUGGUGGUGUAAUGGAAAUUGAUGCUGUUCUUUUCCCUGUGGAGAGAGGAGCAUUUGGAUUGCCAUGGAUUUGGUCGAUUGUUAUCAUCAGCUUAAUAUGGAUUGCCUCGAUUUCAUUGUUGGUGUUGGGAGGCUUCCUUGCAGUGAAAAAGUGGAAGCGCAAGAGAAAUGGAUAUGAAACGAUUCUCGAAGCAGAGCAAGACGAUAUCGCUCAAGAAGAAGAAGAGGAAAACAGAGACGCAACAAGAUACCAGCAACAAUAA